AUGGAUAUAAGCCGAUCGGACCCGGACCGACGAAUAUCGGUCCCGGCAGUCGGUCACUUGUCGUUAGACGAUGUCGAGGCCGUCGAAGUUCAAAUAAGAAAUUUGUCGGUCACUGUCGAUACGUCGCCUUCGAUAUGGGAUCCUGCGACUUAUCCUGAUUUGUUGAAAACGCUUGGGAAAAGCCAUAAUGGCCCAAAGACUAAAACUCUCCUUAGUUCAGUUAAUGCUUCCUUGAAACCUGGAACCUUGACAGCGAUUCUUGGCGGUAGUGGUUCUGGAAAGACGACUUUGUUAAAUACGGUCGCAGAACGCAUGUUCAGCUCUCGACUCUCGCAAAACGGUACUACUACGUUCAAUGGACAAGAAGGGGUGCAUUUUGUCAGACACGCAUAUGUAAUGCAACAGGACAUAUUGCUUCCUACUUUGACGGUACGAGAAACGCUACAGUAUUCCGCGGAUUUAAGGUUGCCUCCACCGACUACGAAAGAAGAGCGCAUGCGCAUUGUGGAAGAAGUCAUCCUCGAGUUGGGUCUAAAGGAUUGCGCAAAUACCAGAAUCGGAAAUAGUCAACAUCGCGGGUGUAGCGGUGGAGAAAAGCGAAGAGUGAGCAUCGGCGUGCAACUCCUCGCAAACCCAUCGAUUCUCUUUUUGGACGAACCAACUACGGGAUUAGAUGCGACAAGUGCUUAUCAACUAGUCAGGACUCUCAAGUCUCUGGCAAACAAGGGGCGGACUGUUAUCACAACUAUCCAUCAACCACGUUCCGAAAUAUGGGAUCUAUUUGAUAACCUAGUAAUCUUGUCCAGGGGAAGCCCCGUCUAUUCAGGCACCAUGAAGGAGUGUAUCCCGUGGUUUUCAAACCUUGGACUUGAACUCCCUGCUUUCGUUAACCCCGCCGAAUUCCUCAUAGACCAAGCCGCCGUUGACAACCGCUCUCCGGAGCUCGAGGAGGAGAGUACUACCAGAGUUGAGCGUCUAAAGGCAGCUUGGAACGAAGAAUCACAGAGGAUUUUUGCCACACCUACAUCUGAAAAGGCCGCCGAGACGAAUGAUAAACCGAAACGACCGAUAAUAGGGCAACACGCAAAUUUCUUUCGUCAGCUGCGAGUCUUGACUGACAGGAAUCUAAAAGUUACUUACAGAGACCCGAUGGGGAUGGUCGGGUCUAUAAUGGAAGCAAUCCUUAUGGCUAUCAUCACGGGUUAUAUCUUCUACAACCUCUCCCGGGAUCAACCUGGCAUUCGAUCAAGACAGGCUGCACUAUAUAUCUCAGUAGGUCUACAAGGUUACCUAUUUUUAACAUUUGAGAUUUUCCGUUUAACGUUGGACAUUCCAACGUUCGACCGCGAGAAUAGCGAGGGCUGUGUAACCGCCCUUCCUUUCAUAUUGUCCCGUCGUUUGGCGCGUUUGUUUACCGAAGAUAUACCCGUUCCAUUUUUGUAUAGCGUUAUAUUUUACUUUAUGGUGGGCUUCGACUCUGAUGUAUCGAAGUUCUUUACCUUCUUUUCCAUCAUCCUUCUUAAUCACUACAUUGCUGUCACGCUGGCCAUGACGUCUGUUGCCGCGGUUAGGCAUUUUCCCGGAGCUAGUUUGAUCGCCAACCUUACGUAUACGCUGCAAAGCAUGGCUUGUGGUUACUUCAUACAGAGCAAUACGAUCCCGGUCUACGUAAGAUGGACCAAGUAUAUCACAUAUACUUACUAUGCGUUUGGGGCUCUAUGUGGUAACGAGUUCGAGGGUAGCUUCUAUGAUUGCCCCUUACCAGGCGGCGAGUCAAAUCCAGCCUGUAACCAAUAUAAUGGACGGUAUAUCAUGGACAACCUUGGAUUUCCUCGGAACUGGGUAGCACGACCGAUCAUCAUCCUAGUUGCCUUUGCCAUUCUCUUCUUCAUCACAUCUUGGGUUGGGCUAGCUUUUCUGAAAGUAGAGAUGACAAUUGCACGAGCUCGGGUAUCCGACACGGAUCUUUCAGCCGGAAAAGAGAAGAUGGCAGCAAGGUCGAUCCAUGAAGUGCGGGCUAUAGAUGUCGGCCUCGACGAAUUCUCCUUGUCUCUGGAUAAGCGAUCCUUAACCGGGAAAAAGCUGCCAACUAAGACAAUCCUUAACCCUGUUACUGCAACCUUUCAAGCUGGCACACUUAAUGUAAUAAUGGGACCCUCUGGUUCGGGAAAAACAAGUUUACUUAACGCUAUGGCCCUACGUUUGCAUAAUACAAUCGGCACUAGGUAUCGACCAUCGGGGAAACUGUCCUUUAACGACGCUGUUCCAUCAGCCUCGGUGAUACGAUCGGUUGUGUCAUAUGUCUGCCAAGACGACGAUGCAUUGCUUCCGUCUCUCACAGUGCGUGAAACUCUACGAUUCGCAGCUGGUCUUCGCCUUCCCACAUGGAUGAGCAAAUCGGAGAAAUACCAGCGAGCUGAAGAAGUUCUAGUCAAGAUGGGUCUGAAGGACUGCGCCGACAAUUUAGUUGGUAACGAGCUGGUGAAGGGUAUCUCCGGAGGAGAGAAGCGGCGAGUCAGUAUAGCUGUGCAGAUACUUACCGAUCCUCGGGUACUAUUACUAGACGAGCCGACGAGUGGAUUGGACGCAUUCACGGCAAGCAGUAUUCUGGAAGUGCUCCAGGGUCUAGCUAAAGAAGGACGCACACUUAUCCUUACCAUCCACCAAGCUAGAUCUGACAUCUUCAAACAUUUCGGGAAUGUACUGUUGCUAGCCAGGGGAGGUUCACCCGCUUAUGCUGGUGCGGCAAGGGAUAUGCUGCCUUAUUUUAGCAAACUUGGCUUUCAAUGUCCUCAGCAUACGAACCCAGCCGAUUUCGCACUCGACCUCAUCACUAUAGAUCUACAGGAAGCGAAUAGAGAGGCGGAAAGUCGAGAAAAGGUCAGAAGGCUUAUCGAGUCGUGGAAUAAUGUCACAAAGGGGAAAUCUCCAUCAGCGUUACAACCCAAUCCCCGUCUUUCAAAUAUAAAAGAGGCGGAAGAGUCAGGGAAUGAAAAAGGAACGACUGCUUCUGGAAACACAAAGGCGGAAGAUACAGUUCCUCUAGGGGAGGGAGGUGAAGCAGUCCAAGAAGUCACCGAUUCAGAUGAAACACUUGAAAGGCGUCUUUCCAACCCAGCACCCCGUCGCUCGUACCAUAAAAAUGCUUUAGCAACGCCAGCCGAGCUAGGGGCACUUGUCCAUAAACGUGCAACUUUUAUAACGGCAUUCCCACUCCUAUUGCAUCGCGCAACCAUCAACCUCAGGCGACAACCGCCCCUCCUCCUAGCACGUACGAUGCAAGUUCUCGGUUUAGCUAUUAUCCUAGCCCUGUUCUUCGCACCGGUGCAUAACGACUACUACAGCAUUCAAAACCGUGUGGGUUUCAUCCAAGAAAUAUGUGCCUUCUACUUCGUCGGCAUGCUUCAAAAUGUUGCGGUGUAUCCGGCCGAGCGAGAAGUAUUUUACCGCGAAGACGACGACGCUGUAUAUAGUGUCGAGGCAUUCUUAUCAACAUACACACUCCUCGAAUUGCCUUUCGAAAUUGCGUCAUGUCUGCUCUUCGGUAUCUUGGCCGACUUCGCGGUUGGUUUUCCCCGUACCGUCGAGAUGUAUUUCGCGUACGUUUUCUGCGGCUUUGGAGUCGUGUCGUGCGGCGAGAGUCUGGGUAUCAUGUUUAAUACAUUAUUUAACCACACGGGUUUCGCCGUCAACCUCAUCUCAAUCUUACUUUCGGUCGCCCAGAUCAUGGCUGGCAUCAUGUCGAUCAAUAUGCCAGAGCUAUUCAAGAUCUUUAACUAUAUCAGCCCGCUGAAGUAUGCGACGGCAGCCCUGUCGCCAUUUACUUUGCGGGGCGUUAAGUUCACAUGCGACGACGCUCAAAGGCUACCUGACGGCCGAUGCACCAUCGAGACGGGCGAGCAGGUUCUGGAUCUGUACAAGCUAAAUGUUGACCCUAUAGUCAAUAUCGGCGCAUUGGCAGCCACAGUCGUCGUGUACCGUCUUGUGGCGUGGCUCUUGUUAAGACUGGUAAGGACGAAAUGGAAGAGCGUUGUUGAGAAAAAAAGGUCAUGA